AUGUGGUUGUUAUCAAGUGGAUUGACAACAAAGGUGUAUGUAGUACUUGCUUCAAAUUUUGUUGGAAUAGGAAAUCAAGAUGAAGUUCGACGAUGGAAUAAAAUAUCUAAAAAUUACGUAACUAUACCGCUUCCUGAACUUGUGCAAUUAUAUAACAAUGGUAUGGGCGGUGUAGAUAAAACCGAUCAUCUGAUUAGUUUGUAUCGAAUCUCCAUUAGAUCCAAAAAAUGGACAUUGCGUAUGAUAUUUCACGCCAUUGACCUAGCACUAACCAAUAGCUGGCUGGAAUACCAAGAAGAUUGCAAAAUCUGUAAUAUACCAAGUACAGACGUUUUGGAUUUGUUGCACUUUCGGCAGCGCGUUGCAGAAGCUCUAAUAAAAAUUGGGCAUCCAAUUCCUAGCAGAAAAAGAGGACGGCCCGCAUCUGGUGGUAGCAGUCCAGUAAAUUCACCAGUUACACCAAAACAACACCGUUUCAGGACUGAAAUAAGACCAGCGAGCGAAAUUCAGUAUGACACUGUUGACCAUUUGCCAGAAUAUGAUCAAAAGAAAGAGGCUACAAGAUGUAAAAAUCCAGGAUGUAAAGGAAAGACGCAUGUUUACUGUCUGAAAUGUGAAAUACAUCUGUGUUUUACUGGUGAGCGAAAUUGCUUUCGAAAAUUUCAUCAAAAACAAGAAUAA